AUUCUGAAUCCGUCUUCUACAAUAAAGUUCCGUAAACCGAAGUCAGCUUUCACCGACCCCUUCCUUCCACAUGCUGCCAAACCAGCAAGUCAAUACAAAUGAGACAUGUUUCAACGUAAGAUCCAUCUAAAAGACCAACAACUAAAUUGCAUGUUUCAGUAAUUCAGUGUUACAUUGCAGAUUUUGAACCUUGAAGCAGUUGCCCACCCGACCACCCGAGGCCUCUAGCAGUUGUCACGCGGGCUUAAAAGAGGUGGAGAACCCAUAGAGCCUUGACUGCUCGAUCGGCCAUUUUUGUAUGUAAAAGAGAGCUCGAUAUAAAGAUCAGAAAGCACAGAUAACCCAAGGAAAAUCAUGGCAAAACCUCAUGUUCUCGUGAUACCUUAUCCUGCACAAGGCCAUGUAAUUCCUAUAUUGGAGCUUGCACAAUGUUUAGUCACAAAAGGAGUCAAAGUUACCUUUAUCAACACAGAAGUCAAUCACAGCCUCGUGACCGGCAAUUGUUUAGAUAAAGAUGGUUUUGGGGAUCUGAUGCAGAUGGUCUCACUCCCUGAUGGGAUAGAGUCAUCGGAGGACAGGAGCGAUAUUCGUAAGCUGAACUUGUCAAUGUUACAAACCAUGCCCCGCAAGCUUGAAGAACUAAUAGAGAAGAUUAACAAAGAAGAUUCAAGUAAAGUUAGUUGUGUUAUUGCUGAUGAUAGCAUGGCAUGGGCCAUACAAGUGGCGAAGAAGAUGGGAAUUAGUAGUGCAGCCUUCUGGCCUGCCUCAGUUGCUACAUUGGCCUCCAUAUUGUCCUUUCAGAAAAUGAUUGAUGAUGGGAUCAUAAACAAGAAAGGCAUACCUCUAAGUAGUGAGAUGAUUCGCCUGUCUGAAACGAUGCCACCAAUAAAACCUCAGAACCUCGCAUGGGCAUGCUUAGAGGACACGGCUACCAUAGAAGUUUUUUUUCAAGUUGCAAUACAGGCUGAAGAAGCUUCUAGAUUGACCGAAUGGUUUAUAUGCAACUCAUGUCCUGAGCUGGAGGCUGCAGCAUUCAGCCUGUACCCGCAGCUGUUGCCAAUAGGCCCUCUCCUAGCAAGAAACCGACUAGCUGACCAGGCAGGCCACUUCUGGCAAGAAGACAGCACCUGCUUAGCAUGGCUUGAUCAACAACCACCACGUUCAGUCAUUUAUGUUGCAUUUGGGAGCUUCACUAUAUUCAACCAAACUCAGUUUGAAGAAUUGGCUCUUGGUCUUGAACUUAGCAACAGACCAUUCUUGUGGGUAGUGCGACCAGGAAUGACCAAGGAGACUACAACUGAUUAUCCGGAUGGAUAUACGGAAAGAAUCGGUUCUCGUGGAAGAAUCGUGAGUUGGGCACCACAACAGAAGGUCUUGUCCCACCCUUCGGUCGCAUGUAUCAUAAGUCAUUGUGGUUGGAACUCUAUAUUAGAAGGGGUCGCAAACGGAGUCCCUUUUUUGUGUUUGCCAUACUUUGGUGAUCAGUUUCACAAUGAGACUUACAUUUGUGACAUCUGGAAGACUGGAAUGGGGUUAGAAAAAGAUGAAGCAGGUAUCGUUACUCGAGGAGAAAUAAAGAGUAAGGUGGAGAAGUUGCUCAGUGAAAAAACAUUCAGAGUGAAGGCGUUAUAUAUUAAAGAAAAGGUUACAAGUAGCGUUAGUAAAGGAGGGUGCUCUCACAAAAAUCUUAACAAUUUCAUUGAAUGGAUACAGCAGAAUGACACUAACGCCAAGGAUCAACCUGACUCUAUAGAAACAUGAAGUUCUAAAAGAGGUUCGGGUUGGGGGAGGGGUGUUCAUUACAACAAACAUUGUCCUUAAUUUGUUCCUGCUCUUACUAUGGUUGGAAUUGAGAUAUUUCAUUUCAUAUCUCUCACCUUCUUUCUGUCAUCUUUGGAUUGCAAUGCAUAUUAAUAAUACUUAUUA